AUGGAGUACAACAAAAAAGAUAAAAAAAAACCUGUCAUAGAUAGUCUGAAAGACGAAUUCGAAAGCAAUGCAGAAUGGAGGCUACGCAGGAAGUUCUUAGCGUCUAAUGUAGAUAGUCUUCCUCUGAAUAGACUAGUUUGCCUUUCACGAUGUUUCAUCAAUGUAGCUGUGUAUGGCUGCGCUUACCCGAGUGGUGUCAUGCAGGAGAUCCGUGAGAGAAGCAACGGUAUACUGGAGGAGGUUGAGCAGGAGAAGAAGUUAGACAAACAGCAGGCGUAUAAGCAGUCCUUU